GUUUAAAAUGCACUGUUUAUAUUAUUGUUGGAAAUUCAUAUAGUUUUUUAUUACCAUGGUUGGAAUAUUAUUGUAAUACACUUGCAGUUGUAUAUAUAUGGCGACGGUCAAUGGAUUCUAGUUAAAUUUUUCAAGAAGAACAGAUGAUGCGUAUUUUAACAAUUGUAUAAAUCUUACACUCGUCUAUCACUAUAGCAAAUCCAAAGUUGCUAUUGAAAACAAUUUAAACAGAUGUGAAUUACAUAUUUUGAUGAUUUUUUACAACAAUUUUGAAUACAGAUGGCCAUGGACUAUAAAACGAACAAAAUAGUUAACUUCACGCAUAAGUGAUUCUUAAAAAAAAAAAAAAAGUAAAUAAAUAAUAAAUUAUUAUAGAAAAAGUGACGAAAACUGUGCACUCAAUCAGGACUAUCAUGACCGAAUCGCACGUCAAGUGGUCUAAUCGAAACGUAGACGACGACGAGAAAACCACUUUGAUCGGCAAUUCCAAUGGAGACGAUUCAACGACAAUAAACGGCUCUACCGAUACCGAUGGCGAAAACGACGAGAGCGAAGACGAAGGGCCAGAACGACCGUUCGACCCGGCUGAGUCGUUGCAUCGCAAAUUUUUCGAUGCGGUACGUGCAUGCAACGUGAUGGCCGUACAAAACUUAUUCGACAAGCUACAGACGGACGACCGAACGGCCAUCACCACCGCAGACUUGAUUAACUAUAAAAACUACCGGGGCAUGACGGCGCUGAACAUGGCUAUUGAGGCCGAUUGUGAACCUAUGGUCGACUUGUUACUGUCGAAGCCUGGAUUGAUUAUCGGGGACUCAUUACUCUAUGCUAUUCGACAGGACCGUUACACGGUCGUAGUCAAACUGUUAGAAGCUUUUAGGGCGACGGUUCCAGAUCUGGCGUACGAGGGUUACGAUAAAUCCACUGUGUUCCCAGCGUACCUAACGCCGCUAGUGUUAGCCGCCCAGUGUGGGCGGUACAAGAUUAUCGACCUUUUAUUGAAACAGGGCCACAUAAUUGAAAUACCACAUGAGCCGACGUGUGUUUGUAAAGAGGUAUGCAAGUCUAUGGCCCAACUAAACAACGGUUUGGGAGCAGCCGAUCAAAAAUUGUCCGUGUUCAGAGCUAUUUCUAAUCCAGCAUAUAUCGCACUGACCUCCAAAGAUCCUGUGCUUGAAGCUUUUCGGCUGAGUCGAUUACUCCGAAGACACGGUAACGUCGACCGUAUAUUUAAGUCCGAUUAUGAAUCGUUGGACUUACAGACCCGUAAAUUUGCCGUCAACUUGGUUGGCAUGUGCCGAUCAUCGACAGAGACUCAACUUCUACUAUCCAAUCGGGAGGGUUGCACUUUUUUCGGCGCUUUCCCUUAUCACCGGCUGGUUUUAGCCGUUGAUACAAAACAAAAAGAAUUUGUUGCGCACGCUUAUGUUCAACAGACACUUGAGGCUUCAUGGUCAGGCGACUGGUAUGAGUGGAAAAGAAUGGGUCUAGUCCGCAAGGCAGUCGUUGCUCUGGGACGGAUACCCAUGCUUAUACCAGUAGUACUAAUUCAUCUGUUGGCGCCGUAUUCCAGGUACGGCCGAUGGUAUUCGUUACCGGUCAACCGAUUGCUUAACUAUAUGGCAUCGUAUGCAAUUUUCUUGGCACUACUAACAUACGAAAACAAUGCAAGUAAAAUGAAGCCACGAGUCGAAUCAGCUGUAGUAGGAGGAGGCGAAAGUAAAGCAAGAAACCUCGAAACUGCUAGCUGCGAAAUUUUUGACGACGGGGUUGAAAGCGGAUUCUUUGAUAGCGGACUAUUUGAUGGGUUUAAAGGUAGUAACAGAAUAUUUUUCGAAGGAGUCGCAGGCGGUGGAAAUCCGUUUCAUGGCCAUCGAUUGUGGGUAAAAGCAGCAUUGGUUAUAUACGUCAUAGCUUUUUUGGUACGAGCUCUAAGGCUGAUUUGUGUUCAAUCACCCAAACGAUAUUUCCGUGUUUUGUGGAAUGUCUACGAUUGCACCAUGUACUCAAUAUUUGCUUUGACAUUUAGCUGUUGGGCCGUAACUUACGGUUUCCCGCAAGGGUAUGCUAUAGCCGUAGCAACCGCUAGCCGAGGAGUUGUCGAUGGCAACAGUGCUGCCGUCGAUCCACAUGAUCGGCGCUAUUGGUACUGGUAUCAUCCCGUUUUGCUGGCCGAAGGUUUGUUGGCCAUUGCUACUGUCAUGUCGUACUUGAGGCUUCUGUUCUUGUGUCAGCUAAGCUAUGCCCUAGGUCCGAUGCAAGUAUCACUAGGGCGAAUGACGACCGACUUUGCCCGAUUUGCCAUAUUGUUCGGCAUCAUCAUCCUGGCGUUCACAGCUGGCCUGUGUCGUCUGUAUCAAUACUACGACGGCAUGACACGCAAGGAUCCGAACGGAGACCGCGAUAUCGAGCAAGAUACAUCGUUCGUCAGCAUUUAUGCGACACUUAAGACGUUGUUUUGGGGAAUAUUUUGCAUGACACCACCAACGGCCGGCUCAGUAGUAAUAGAGUACAAUCCAGAAAAAGAUGGCGGCGUAUCUGAUGCGUGGCAGUCCGAAGAAGGUUCCGGCUCCUUCGCUGCUGCUAUCAAUCAGCAUUACGCCACGCAAGCUGUGGGAACGCUGUUGUAUGCAAUUUUCGAGACACUGACAGUGAUCGUCAUGCUUAACAUGCUUAUAGCCACCAUGACCAAUACAUUCCAGCGGGUGACUGGUAACUCGUACGUAGAAUGGGUUUUCGGUCGGACGCAAGUAUUUCUGUCAUUCUCUGUACACACUGAUCUACCUCCACCAUUUAAUCUAUUGCCUACAUUAGAUUGCCUAUGGGACUACGCCAAAUGCAUGUGCGAAUGUUGCAAAGCAAGUGCCAAAGCCGUGGUAAAAGCGUUUACAGACGAUUAUCCCAACCUACCUGACCGCGAGUACGAAAAACUAAUGAGCGCAUUAGUAAGAAGAUAUUUUAGAAGUAAAUUAGCUGAAAGUGUGAUAAGAAAAUGUGGCCCUAAGUGUGGAUAAAAAAAUUUGCAAAAACAGGCUGUUUCCAACAGCGUCGUAAGAAGUUUUCUUCGAAACUUUCGUUAGGCUUUUGAUUAUCGUUGCUGUAACAACAAGAUUAGGUUUCGUUAAAAGGAACGACACGUAUUUAUUUGAAAAUUUAUUUUUUAGGCCAUUAAUCAACUACAAGGGUUUUUAUUAAUUUUUAUAAAAAAUGUUUUAUUAGUAUAUCAUUACGUUGGCAUUAUUAAUUGUUUAUAUUUCAUAACUAUUCAAAUAUGUGAUUUUAUUUAUUCUUUUGUUACUGUUUAUUUUUAGCAAUACUGUUGAUUUUAUUAUUUUUAUUUUGUAUUUAUUUCACAGUAAAAAAAUAUGUUCAUAUUGAAUAGCCUGAUCUUAAAUUAAUUUAUUAUAUAUAUUUUUUUUUUCUGAGUGUAGUGGAGAGGUGUUAUACACAAAUAUGUUGAUACAAGAUAAUAUAUAUAGAUUUAUAAGAUUUAAAUUGCUGAAUGGAGCUAGACUGGACAUAAUUACUGACUAUAUUAUUUUCAACAGGUAUUGAGGUAGAUAUUCAUCCUACUAUUUUAGUCUUUUAGACUUUUUAAUACCUAUUAAUAACUCGUUAUUAAUAUAUAUUUUUAAAUAUAUCUCAGCUAAUUGAACAUAAUUUAUAUAACAUAAUAUAGAAUUUUAUUAUGUAAUAAUGUUAAAUUAAUGAAAACUUUACUGGAUUCAGUAUUUUAUUAGUAACCCUCCUAAAGUAAUACUUUACGGUAAUUCCAGGAUGGCUCACUUAGUGCUAGUUAUAGAAAAAAGGGUAAUUUGUUAAUAGUGAUACAUUCAAACAUACAAAAAAAUUGUCAAUUUUCCGAAGAUGUAAAAUUUAAUUUUUAUUAAUAUGA